AACUUGGACGACAACCUUGACAUAAUUUCAUCCAGAGAGACCGAUUUCCUGCUCAACGGCAGAUGUGACUGAGGUUGCACUCCGCCAUACUUUAGUCUCAACUCCUGCACCAAGAAACACCACGGUGCCAAGGCCCUGAUAACAUACCACCAUGUGAGAUAAGUAUAAGCAUGAAAUUUUGUCUAUUAGUACAUGUCUAGGUCGAAGUUUUUAGUAGAUGUGGAGCCAUUACCAUUUUUGUGGUCUCAAGGGCUUCGUUGAGCAAGGCUGGCGCUCUCGUGCACUGAAAACAGUAAUCUACACCGAGCCCUCAGACUACUGAUUUUUCCAACGCAACCUCCACCGUCCGAUCAUAGAGCGCGCCGCGGCUGUGUAAAUUACCUACGGUCGGGAUGCCUCCACGCGUCCCAUUUCUACUGGAAUGCAGGAGCAAUUUUGUCUGGGAUAGGAAGGAACCAACGGUCGGAUCCUCCGGGAUGAACUAUGGCUACUUUUGUGUGGUCUCAGUUUCCCUUCUUCGAAAAAAAGGUGAAGAAAUUCUCAGUUUCUAUCGUUUUUUUUGGAUGCUGUUUGAGAAGUUUCGGCGGCGUUGAGGUGUCGUCAGUUUGCUCGACGGUUUUGGGGAAGACGAGAUGGUUAACUCAAUGGUGGAAAGAGCGACUAGCGACAUGCUAAUCGGUCCUGAUUGGGCUAUGAAUAUCGACAUCUGUGACAUUUGCAACCACGAUCCUGCACAAGCAAAAGUUGUUGUUAAAGGUAUAAAGAAGCGGCUUAGUAGCAAGAAUCCGAAAGUCCAGCUGCUUACACUAACUCUAUUAGAAACCAUUAUGAAGAACUGCGGUGAUAUUGUCCAUAAGCAUGUUGCUCGAAAAGAUUUACCCCAUGAAAUGGUGAAAGCUGCAAAAAAGAAGCUAGGUUUUCAAGUGAAAGAGAAGAUAUUGACUUUAAUAGAUACUUGGCAAGAAGCCUUUGGAGGCCCAAGAGCAAAAUAUCCCCAAUAUUUCAUAGCAUACCUGGAUUUAUUGCGUCUUGGGGCAGUUUUCCCCCAGAAGCUCGAGAGCUCAGCUCCCGUUUUCACUCCACCUCAGACACAUCCUUUGUCAUCUAACCCACAACAUAUGCACAAUUCUGAACUGAGUCAGAAAUCAGUGGGAUCUUCUGCCGAUACUGAACUUCCGACCUUGAGCUUAACCGAACUUCAACGUGCGCGUAGCAUCAUGGAGGUCCUCACAGAAAUGCUGAAUGCUUUAGAUCCUGGUAACAUAGAGGGGCUCAAGCAGGAGGUCGUAGUUGAUCUUGUGGAUCAGUGCCGUACCUACAAGCGAAGAGUGGCGCACCUUAUUAACUCAACUUCGGAUGAAUCGCUAUUAUCCCAAGCAUUAGCACUGAAUGAUGACUUGCAAUGUCUACUGGCUAAACACGGCUCGAUUGCUUGUGGAGCUGUGUCUUCAAAAAUAGAGCAACCAAGACCAGAAUUGAGUCGGGCUUUGGUCCCUUCCACCACCAAUGAUGCCAAACAGCCAGAGAAAGGGACUACAACAUCCCCUAGUACCUUACAGAAGCAGCUAUUACCUCCGGCUCUUACUACCGGUGUUUGGACGACCCCAUCAAAGCCCGAUCCUCAGAUGGAUCUCUUGAGUGGAGAUGACUUCAACUCGUCUACAGAAAGCUCACUGGCACUUGUUCCAUCUGUACAGCCUCAUCCAGCGAUCCCCAUUUCGUCCGAACAGAAUGCUCUUGCUCUGGUCGAUCUGUUCUCGGAGAAUAACAACAGCCAAUCUUUAGAUCAUGGACAAGCCUGCCCCUCAUCUUCUCAAAUGAAUUUCAAUCCUCCAUUACUAUCGAAUGGAAGUAUUGUCGGUCCUAUGCUACCCCGGCAUGAACAGUCGCUAAAACGGCUACCAUCCUCACCAGUUUACGGAGCUGAUAAUACCACAGCAUUGCCCCCUCCUCCAUGGGAAGCAGAACUCGACAGCAGCAUGGCCAUGAUUAAUCAGCCAUCGCCAAGAGGUGCUUACGAUCCGGGAUCUCUUCCCAUGUCUUGUCCACGUUCUGUGGUGAUGUAUCCUCAGCCAAUGCAGGCUGGCCCGACGGGUUAUGUGUAUCCUCAACAGAUGUACGGAAGCAGCCAGAUGGUUAGCUUUGGCCCCAGCACCGGCUGUGCUUAUGGCUAUGGGUAUCCGCAACAUAUACAGUUUGUUCGGCAAGGCAUCCCCCGACAAUUUCUGAGGGGCUCACUUGCUGCCACCUCGUCUCCUCCGUCAUCGGGAUCGGAAAAUGCUUCUAGGCCAGAGGACAGGCUGUUUGAAGAUCUUGUGGACAUGUCAAAAUUCAGGCAUGCAAAGACUGUCUAG